AUGACCCGCUCCGUGCUCACAUCGACGCCUGUCGACACGAUAUCAGCGCUUAUUGAGGAUUUGCGCCGGGUUUUCUUGUCUGGAAAAACGCGCUGCGUAACGUACCGCAAGAAUCAGCUGAAGCAGCUGUGUUUCCUGGUACACGACAAUGAACAGGCCUUUGUGGACGCGAUCUACAGGGACCUGGGCCGUCCCAAAAUGGAGACGGUAUUUGCCGAGAUUAUCGGUUUCAAAAACGAUAUCCUAACGACCAUCGCGCAUCUUGACAAAUGGACGCGGGAUCGGUACGUGUAUGCGGGUCUGCCGUUUUUGUCGCACGGGACCAAGAUUCGCAAAGAUCCCAAGGGUACCGUGCUGGUGCUUGGUGCAUGGAAUUAUCCCAUCACAGUUCAACUAGGUCCUGUGAUCGGGGCUCUAGCAGCGGGUAAUACGGUGGUACUGAAGCCAUCCGAGCUUUCGAUGCACACGGCGCAGCUGAUAGCGGAUCUGUGGCCCAAGUACAUGGAUCCUGACACCUCAGCUAUCGUGAACGGUGGCAUAGCACAGGCUACUGCUUUACUAGAUGAGCGCUUCGAGCACAUCUUCUACACGGGCAGUGGCCGCGUCGGGCGCAUUGUAGCUGAAAAGGCUGCUCGGUGGCUGUGUCCCACCACACUAGAGCUGGGUGGCAAAUCGCCCGUCAUCGUUGAUGCUUCGGCAGAUCUCAGGAUUGCCGCGCGACGCACGCUGUGGGCCAAAGCGUUCAACGCCGGCCAAACCUGCAUCGCACCCGAUUACGUGCUUGUGGAGCGCAAGGUCCAAGACCCGUUUGUCCAGGAACUUGUGCGAGCCAAGCGCGAGUUUUUUGUUUCGAUGGACAAGAGCGUCCGGGACUUUGGGCGCAUCGUCAAUGACAACCACUGGAAACGUCUUCACGGUCUGAUCACGUCGUCCAAGGCCGAUGUGGUGAUGGGGGGCACCGAGGGAGCGGAUCAGCCGACCAAAUUUAUUCCCCUGACGGUGCUCAACAACGUCGACCCCCGGGAGGCGGUCAUGAGUGAAGAGAUUUUUGGUCCUAUCUUGCCGAUUGUGCCGGUGGAUGACGUCAAGGCGGCUGUUCAGUUCAUCAAUGAACGUGAUCAGCCUCUCGCGCUCUAUAUGUUCACCAGCCGCAGCGACGUUCAGGAGUACAUUCUUACCUACACGCGUUCAGGCGGUGUCGUGAGUGGUGAUAUGCUCUUGCACUAUGCCAUCGAUGCCUUGCCGUUUGGAGGCACCGGUCCCUCUGGCUAUGGUGCCUACCAUGGCAAGGCCGGCUUUGAUUGCUUCACGCACGAGCGCGCUGUUGUCGAAGCGCCAUCUCACGGUGCGGUAGGGCACCUCAUUGAGUCGAUCAUGGCCAAGCGGUACCCACCGUACUCGGAAGCCAAGCUCAGCUUUUUCCGCCAUCUUCUCUCUAAGUGGAUCUUGUUUGGUCGACCUGCAGAUGCCACAGCCUCCCUCACGUCGAUCGAUCAGCCCACGUCCCGGUCGCACCUAAACUCACUUUCCCGUUACAAGAAGCUGCUUUUCUUGCUGGUGGUGCUCCUCGUGCUCGUACGUUCUGUCUGA